UAACUUGAAAUUGCAAUCGUAGCAAAGUAUAAUGCAUAAAAUAAAGGCAUUCAAACAAAACUAGUACCAUUAGAAUUGCAUAUCGAACUUUAUUCUUUUAAAUAUUGAUUCGAUAUAUUUCGAUAUACAGAGCGAGAAUCUUACGGCGAGUAGCUGGUACGGUCGUACGGAUCUAAACAGAUCUAAACAAGAUGGAUAUGUGUUAACACUUGGUGGUAACGUCUUACGGUAAAUUUGUCAGAUAUUUGGUCAAUUAUAGCGAAAUCUGCAUCGAAAACAGAAAGGAAUCAAUUAUUUCGUAUUACCCGGAAAGAAAGAAAAUGUUAACCGCUGCUGCAAAUUCGUUAUCGAAUAACGGAGGGUCGUAUAGCAAUGAUAGACCGUCGAGUACAGCAGAUGCAGAACUUGCAACCGAUCCUGCGUCUGGUGGAUUUUUUCAUUCCGAUUACAAAAAACACGAAGAUUUGAAACAAAUGUUGGACAGCAAUAAAGAUGGACUUAAGCUAGAAGCUAUGAAACGUAUAAUCGGGAUGAUAGCAAAAGGAAGGGACGCGUCGGAACUAUUUCCAGCUGUAGUAAAAAAUGUUGUAUCGAAGAAUAUCGAAGUGAAGAAAUUAGUUUACGUCUAUUUAGUUCGUUAUGCGGAAGAUCAACAAGAUCUAGCACUUUUAUCUAUUUCUACAUUCCAACGAGCAUUGAAAGAUCCUAACCAGCUAAUAAGAGCCAGUGCUUUGAGGGUACUCUCGAGCAUACGCGUCUCUAUGAUAGUGCCUAUCGUAAUGCUUGCUAUUAAGGAUUCAGCUAGCGAUAUGUCGCCGUACGUGCGAAAAACUGCAGCGCACGCGAUACCUAAACUUUAUUCUUUGGAUUCGGAGCAGAAAGAAGAGUUAAUAAGCGUUUUAGAAAAGUUGUUAUCCGAUAAGACUACUCUAGUCGUCGGUUCCGCAGUAAUGGCUUUCGAAGAAGUUUGUCCCGAAAGGAUAGACUUGAUACACAAGAAUUAUAGAAAACUCUGUAACUUGUUAGUAGACGUUGACGAGUGGGGCCAAGUUGUUAUAGUGAACAUGCUUACAAGAUACGGACGUACACAAUUUAUUAAUCCUAACGUAGAUAAUAUGGAAGAAGAUGAAAACCGCCCAUUCUAUGAUUCCGAUUCCGAUUCGUCUAAUGCAAAAAAAACCAAAUUAUCGUUAGAUCCUGAUCAUCGAUUAUUAUUACGAAAUACAAAACCACUUUUACAAAGUAGAAAUGCUUCUGUGGUAAUGGCAGUGUCUCAAUUGUAUCACCACACAGCACCACGAAGCGAAGUAAUUAUUGCUGCCAAAGCACUCAUAAGGUUAUUAAGAGGACACAGGGAAGUGCAGAGCAUAGUUCUUCAUUGCAUUGCUAGCAUAUCAAUUACCAGAAAGGGGAUGUUUGAACCUUUUCUUAAGUCAUUCUUUGUAAGAACUUCCGAUCCUACGCAUAUAAAGCUUUUAAAAUUAGAUAUUCUGACCAAUUUAGCAACUGAAACCAGUAUCGGAGUUAUACUGAGAGAAUUUCAAACAUACAUUUCCAGUAGCGAUAAAGAAUUUGUGGGAGCAAGUAUACAAGCAAUCGGUAGAUGCGCAAGUAAUAUAAAAGAGGUGACAGACACGUGUCUGAAUGGAUUAGUUUCAUUAUUAAGCAACAGAGACGAGGCGGUCGUAGCGGAAAGCGUUGUUGUUAUAAAAAAACUCUUACAGACUCAACCAAACGAACAUAAAAAUAUAAUUACUCAUAUGGCCAAGUUAAUGGAUUUUAUAACUAUACCGCAAGCGAGGGCAUCCAUUUUGUGGCUGUUGGGCGAAUAUUCGGAUAGAGUACCUAAGAUUGCGCCGGAUGUUCUUAGAAAAAUGGCAAAAAAUUUUAUAAACGAGCAAGACAUCGUAAAGCUACAGAUUUUAAAUUUAGCUGUAAAGCUAUGCUUAAAUAAUCCUACACAAACUAAAUCAUUUUCUCAGUAUGUCUUUCAACUUGCAAAAUACGACCAAAAUUAUGAUAUCAGAGAUCGUGCACGCUUCUUAAGACGCUUUGUUUUCGACGACGACGAUCAAACAAAGAAACUUCCACAGCUUGCGAAACGAAUAUUUCUAGCUCCAAAACCUGCACCAACCUUAACAUCUAGGUUCAAGAACUCGGAAUUUCAAUUGGGCACAUUAUCGCACUAUUUGGAUAUGCCAUGUGCCGGUUAUCGACCUCUACCACCCUUUCCCGAUGCAGCUCCUGAUCCAUCCGUAAGAGACAUUGCAACCGGCAAUAUAAGAGAUACAAGAGAAGAGUAUUACAAGAAAGAUAAGAAAGACAAAAAAGGUAAAGAGAAAGAGAAACCUUUUUACAGCGACGAAGAAAGUGUCGCGGCAGAAGAAUUGGACAAUGAAUCUUCGAAUACUUCGAUGAACGAUUCUUCGGACGAAAAUAGCGAUUCGUCUGAAUAUACAUCAGGCUCUAGUAAGUCUGAAAAUGAUAACGGGAAAAAGAAAUCUGCAAAAGACUCGGACGACUCUAAUAGCGAGUCUGAAAGCGAAGGAUCAGAUUCUGAAGAAACUUCUGAAGAUUCUGAGGAAAGCGAGGAAGAGAAAAAGUAUAAACUUUCAAACCAAGAUGCAAAAGAAAAGCCAAAAAGUAAUAUCGAUCUUCUUUUGGAUUUAGACGAUGUCGUCCCAAUGACACCUGUUAUGCCAUUGAGCGCAGGAGGUUUUCUUAUUCCCAUGAAUUCAAAUAUUACAAACGAUGUUAGAGAAGUAUCAUCUACGUUUAUUCCAUUAAAUAAGUCUGAAUUGUUAAAUAGUAUUACCGGUCAUGGUUUGAAGAUCGAGUUCAGAUUUACGAGAUCCCAACAUUUAGUAAGCGCUCAUUUCGUUACCAUCGAAUUAACAUUCUCUAACGAAGGUAACGAGCCUAUCAAAGAAAUACAAAUGGGAGUAAAGAAUUUACCAAAAGGUAUGCUUAUCCAUGACUUCACACAAAUACCAUUAUUGGAGAUAAACUCCAAUUUAUUAUCUACAUUGGGUAUAAAUUUUAAUGAUUCCACACAACCGGCAAACUUCAAUAUCGAUUUUGUAAUUGGCGAAGAAACGUAUUCGUGCCCGGUUACUGUUAAAGCACCUAUCGGGGAAAUAAUACGAGCCGUGAUGUUGCCAGAAUCUAUGUUUACCGCUGAGAAAAUAAAAUUAAAGGGUAUGAACGAACACGUAGCAAAAGUACAAUACUCGGGAAAUAAAACAGCUCUUUCUCAGACGAUUAUUGAAACUACAAAUGUUGCAGUGAUAUCUAGUAGCGACGAAGAAAUAAGAUUCGCCGCCCACACUUUAGCAUCAAACUCAUUAGUGUUAAUAACGAUAAAAUUUUUAGGCGACGAAUGUUUGGAAAUCUGUGUAAAUUGUGAAAAAAUGGUAAUAGGUUCUAUCUUAUUGAAUGAAUUAAAAAGCAACUUAAAAUAG